UUAUUUCCGAACAUCUGUAAAUAGGGUAAUAAUGGAGGAAAACUGCUGAAUACUCCAGAAAUUUAUAUUUAUCUUUGUGAAAAUUUUCAUAUCUCCGUCUACGAAUGACUGAUGGAACUUCCAAUGUUCAUACCAAAACUUGUUUGUACAAAACAUCGAGUUUAAACAGAUAUUGUGUUGUGAAACGUACAUGGAACUUGUGUCAUAAUGUAGACGAAAUAGACAUAUUGGGACCACUUCUUCGUGGAAUGACAUGAAGUCACAAACAUUAUCUCAAUAUUCCUAAGUCUGUAUAUUGGAAACAGUCAUAAAAUUUAUUGAAAUCACAAUGGACGCAAGGAACAGUAUGGAGAGGAAAAAAGAGCAGGCUCGCAGAGAGAGGGAGAAUCAAGCCCGCAAAUUUAUGGAAGGACAGAGGAAGAAUGAAAUCAGCACGAACACUUGUCUCUUCUCCGAACCAGUCAAAAAGAAAAAUAUUGAUCCAAUAGCCCAGAGAAUUCAGGCGACAUUAGGAAAAUGCAACAUGGAGAAUUACCGAGAUGCUAUAGGCAUUACCCAGCAGCCCGCCACACCUCUUCCUGAUAAAAAGAGGAUGUCAUUCCCAGAUAGGAAACCAGACUCUAGACCUAAUCAUUCAAAAGAGACAGAGGGAGCCAAAAGAUCACUGGAUGAUAAAAAUACAGCUAAAAAUGCUCCUGCAAAGUCAUAUACAUAUCAGAGUUAUCUUGACAAACAGCGUGGAGCUUCAUCGCGUGAUCCUGGCUCCUCAUCAGACAAAAAAGCACACCCACCCUCCUCAUCCUCCAAUGGCCUGAAAGCAGAUCAGCCCAAACCCCAUCAUCCCAUAAAAAAGGAACACCGGUCCCCCAGCCCAUUAAAAAAGGAACAGACCACCCCCACAAAGAACGGCCCAGUUAAUGGGAAGGGCGGUGAGGAGAAAGGGGAGGGAAGUAAUAAGAACAAAUACCACUCUGUGAAUGGCAUUCCUGCUCCUCUAAAGCCAAGUAAACAUCAUAAUCUUCCACCACUGAGGAUCAACAAGGAGGUGGACAGUGUUGAAGAUAUUUUAAAGGAGAUGACCCAAAUGCAUCAGCCACACACUGCCAUUCAAACUCCGCGCAAGGAAGAGAAGUUCCCAUUUCCUACUAGUUCUCCCAGCAGCAAGAGUGCAAGCAAAACAGCUGAAUUCAAAAUCCAAAGAAAUGGCAUUACAGAUGGAUCUAAGAAUUCUCCUUGUGCAAAUCCAUUGAAUUUCAGAAGUUCAGAAAGAGAGCAGGCAGCAGACUCAAGUGUGAGAGCUCUGAAUACAACUGAUUCUAAACCACCCCCAGUGUCAGUCAGCGGGCCAGGCACGAACGCCCCAACAAAGGAACAGAGGAUGAACUCUGGAGAUUCAAGUAGUUCAUCAGAGGAUGAAGAUGAUAGUAAUGAAUCUGACAGCGAGAGCCAGUCUUCAGAGGAGGAGGAUAAAAGUGACGACAAUGAAGACGAUGAUGAUGAUGACGAUGAAGAUGACGAAGAAGAAGAAAAAGCAACUCCUGCCAAACAGAAUUCAUCAACGUCAGACAAGGGGCUUGAUACAUCUAAAAGUUCCACAUGUUCCACAUGGGCAUUAAGUAACUUCAUCAAAACAAAUGUGGAAUCUCCCAUUUCCCAGCUUCCAAGUUCCAAUGACAAUUCCAAAUUGUCAGAUAAACCAAAUACAACCACUUCAGAAAGAGACAAUGAACAGGUGAUCAGUGACCUGUUGGCUAAUAUAGACGACCAUACAGGAGGACAUGAUUGGUCACCCGUGUUCCAGACAAAACAGAAGCAUACUCAACAGAAAUCACCAUUCAGCAUUUCUAGUGUACAUCAGUCCCCUCCAUCUAGAAUCAGCAAUCAGACUUCAUCAAGUGAAAAACUCAAGACCUCCACACCUGAUUCUAAGAGUCGAGUGCGGAGAAAAAGACAGAGUGAGCCAGUUUUAUCUUCUGAUGAAUCGCAAAGUGAAAAUGAGGAGGUAGAUGUAGAAUCAGUGACUCCUGGGAAAGAAAUCAUUCCCGAAAUCUUGAGGAAAAGUGUGGAAUCUGUGUCAGAAGUGACGAAAAAGUUAGAUUUUGACAGAGGGACAGGUGGGUCUGUUAAUCGAGUGACUCCAAACAAUUUCACUGAAAAGAAAGUGAAGACCAAAGACAGGAGAGACCAAACAAAAAUAGGGAGUAGACGACAAAGCAAAGAGAAUAAGGAGAAUAAUGACAAGAAAAACCACAGCUUUGAUGAUAUUAAAAAUAUUAUAGAGCAAAUCACUGUCAAUCCCCCCUUGUCACCUAUUCCUAAUGUUCCAGAAAAUUCAAAUCCCAAACCUUCAAUUCCAGGUUUAACUUACAAUAGUAAUGGUAAACCCAGCAUCAUUGUUCAUCUUAACCUGUCUUUAGCAAAACCAAGUGUCAAAUGCAAUACUUCCCCUAGUACAGUGUGUUCAGAAUAUAAGGAGAAAGAGUUGUGUUCAGACAUUAAACAUGAGGAGAAUGUUAGCGAUAGUGAUAUGGAUAUAGAUGACGAUAUCGUAGACUCCAAAGUUCUCAUCGAAUGCCCUAAACCAGUAUCCCCACAACAUAAUACCAUACCAGUGCCAUUUUCAUCGCAUUACUCGCCUCUGACAAUGAAUGGUGAUAUUACCACUGCAAAACGCAAAUCAGACUUGGACUUCAUUGAGAAUGAUAAAAAACGUGCUAGAAGUGAUAAAAGAAGUAGCAAAAGAAACAGUUUAGGAAGUUCUCGAGAGAGAAUAAGUCACACCAAUGACCAUGAAUGGGAUAUGAAACACCCACAGAGGUCAGAGGGCAAGGAGAGAAGAAGCAGUUCUAGUAGUAAUUCUAGUCAGUUCAGUAGCACCAGUAAACAGUCAAAGAAAACCAAAAACCAGAGCACAGAACCAGACAUGACAGGCCACCAGUUAGAUGACAAGGAGGAAUUGGAGGUUCCAGGAAAUGGUCCAGAGAACAGUGGUCAGUAUCCUUCCUCAGUGGAAAUGACCAGUUAUUCUCGAGGGGGAGAGGGAGAUGUGGCCCAUGUACCUAGUCCCCAGACCCGCAAGUCAGCUAAAACCAUGGAUGACUGGUGUAAUCUUUCACCAGAUACCUACCUCCGCCAUGCUAAAGAACUCAAGCACCAGGCAGACAACAUGAAUAGCUCAAGUGAUAAGCUGCAAAGAGCCAUGAAAUACUUAGAGUCAUUUAUAGCAUUUAUACAGUGUGGGUAUGCCAUGGAACGAACCAAUGUGGAGCAGGGCAGAAUUUUCACCAUGUACAGGGACACAAACAAGCUAGUCUCACAUAUAAGCCGAUUGAGAGGAAGCCAUGAGUCAAACAAUAACUUGUCCACCAAGGAGAAAAUCAUAUCCGUGUUGAGCUUGAGAAUCCAGUCAUUGUUGAAUCUGAAAUUGUACAAGCUGAAAAAGAACGAUACUUUGAAGCUUAAAAGAGCAAUCGAGGAUUACAAUAAGACUACAGCAAGCAAGCCACCCCCUCAAGGCCUCCCUAUUAGUCAUGCCCCGUCACCUCAUCAGAACAGCUGGAGCACCCGCUCUAACAGAACCCCCUCCCCCAUGUCUCCCACCCCCUCCCCAGCUGGCAGCACAGGGUCACUGGAAUCCAGGGGCAGUAGUACUGAUCUCACACCCUCUAAACUUCCCAAUGGUAAUGUCCAUAUGUCCCCGGCCACCAUUGCAUACCCACAGCGCAUACAUUCCAUCACACAACAAUACAUCACAUCUACCGGCUACCUUGUACAGUCUCAUGACCUCUGGGAUCAAGCUGACAUUAUCAUGCAGGAAGUCAGAGGGUUCUUUGAUGAUUUAGAGGAACACUCAGAAACACUGACUAUUCAAAGCAGUAUGCAAGACUUAAUCACCUAUCUCCAGAAAGUUGUAGAGAAGUUAAAAGACACUUAACAAGAAUGAAGGAAGGAGUUUUAUACAGACUGGUGCUCACCUGUGGUUGUCAUCAUUCUUGAUGGGUGUUCAGCAAUUCUCAGUGUUCUCUUUAAGGGGCCAGCCACAGGGUGGAAGGAUGGCAUGACAUAAUAUUUGGUGCUCAAAGUCGAAAGGUCAAAAGUGGAUUUGAAUUCAUCCAAGUGAAGGCAGCUAUAACAUGACAAAAUAUAUAUCACAAUUGUGCUUUCAAUCAAUUUGCGAAUAGUCGCCUUUCUCCAAAUGUGAUACAGAAAAUACGAAGGAGUUUCAAAUCUUAUCUAGUGCAAAUAAGUUGUGUGUGAAACAACACCUAAAACUUCAUAGUAUAAAUGGUAGAUUAUGUAGUAAUUUGACAUUUGACAGAGGCAAUUUACAACAUUUGUUCAUCUAAGCAUUUCCACUUGUUUUGGUCUUCCAAGGAAGUUUCUACUAAGGAUUGAGCUUAACGCAAAGGGGACAUUAGUUCAUUAUUCACUUCGGAUUGUUGAAACUUUUUUUUUUCCUUUUUUAUGUAUCCAGUUUGUUUACGUUUGUGAUACUGCAUUGAUCAUGAAGCUGAUUCAGAUUUAUACUGUGAGAAUUGUUGAGAUUUUGAGGUCACCAGAAUCACUUGAAUGGCCCAUUGCAAUCUCUCUGUGUGCUCUGUCACCUAUAUGUAAUCAAUGAAGAGUUCUUAAAUCUUCUGAAACCACCAAACCUGUUCCAACUGAACUUGGUCUGCAUCUAUUUAUGAUUUGUGAAUUUUAGGCACAUCUACAAAACAUUGUAUCUUUACAUUUAGCUUAGAACUCUCUGGUAACUUUAAGAACGUUAAGACUAUGAGGCUUCAUGCAGAGGUUAAGUAAUUUGUAAAUAUACCUAUAUAGCCCUUUUACGAGGGUUGACCGGUAGCUAGGUAUAUCAACUACACAGAAAAGUAAGCAAUCAAGCAUGAAGUGCAAGGUCAGGAUGCUUUUCUGUGAAGUCAAUAUACAGUGGACCCUCAUUUAUCCGGACGCUUUGGUUCCUAGUAAUUUGUCCGGAUAUGUGAAGCGUCCAGAUAUCUGAAUUACCAGUUAAACAAAACAAUAUAACAUUUAAAAAUUCUGUUCCCAUGAAAAGUCGUCCGGAUACUGAAGCAUCCGGAUAUCUGAAGGUCCACUGUAUCUAUGGAUUGACCUUAUGAAAAGGCUAUAUUUGUAUAGUAUAUGUCAGACAAGAUAUGUAUAAUAAGCAAUAAUAUCUCCACCUUGAUUAUAAAGUCAUUUAGUGGGGCCUAAAGUGGGGUUAUAUAUGAUUUCUAUGAAUCUUCCUCCUCAGUUCUGAUAGAAGGCUUGUAGUGUUAAUGUACUUCACAAAAGAAGCAUGUUUACUUUAAGGCUGUAGUUAUUUUGUAUUGAGUUGCUGCUGAUACUCAGGUGACCUCUAUGGCCUAUGGGCCUUUAGUUCGAAUUUUGAUAAUGUUGAUUAAAUCAAAUUGAAAGUAUUUAUUUUUAAGUUGUAAGAUGCGUAAAGUAUUCAUUUUAUAUACCGUAAACUAGUCAAAAGAGUCCUACACCAAACCACUGUUAAACUCUUGAUAUAAGAUUAUUGCACCAUGAAUUCUACAUAUGUCUUAAAGGAAUUGUUUACUUUUGCCAUAAAAUGAUGACUUCCAGUACCAAAUUACAAUUUGGAAAACUGCCAAAAAUGCCAGUAAACUCAACUUAGUAUUAGAACUCUAGAGUGAUUAAUAUUUCAAUUACAAGUUUUAAAUGCUAGUUUCAAAAUACAGUAUUUUGAUUAGUUACAUGACAUACAAAGGCUAAUAUUCUUUUGUGCAAAUAAUGAUCUCAUGAAGAAUAGCAAACUGAGUACUUAAAGUAGAUAACACAAAAUAAAGCUAUACUCAUCUUUAAAAAUCUCUCUACAUGUUAUAUAGCUGAUUGGCCUUCUCAACAAGAAUUUCAGUAAUCUUCAUUGUUUCUUGUAAUAGGUUUCUGAUGGAGAACAAUGCUGACAGAAGCUAUCUAAAUCAGCAAAAAGUAUUCAUAAGACUGUGUAAACGCAUGAAAUUCACUUUUAACUUACACCUUAGAAAAUUUUUGUCAUUUUUUCACACAAAUUCUUAACAAUGAAUCUUUAAAACAUAAUAAGUAGAAUCCAAACUCUCUUGGCAAAAGCCUGAUAAUGUUCUUUUAUAAAAACAUGAAAACCUUCCAAAUUUCUUGGCAUUUUCAAAAGAAUGCUAAAAUAUUUAAAAAAGGGGUGGGGGGUUGCACACAGGAAAUUCAAUUUGUCUUGGGUGCGAUUUUGGAAGAGUGCUAUAUGCAUCAAUGGUAUACAGAAAAGUGCUAAGUCAACCACUAUACUAUUUUUCUAAUUUAUUUGAGUGAUAAAAAUAUGAUGCUAUUUAUAUGCUAUAAAUUAAUGGUGACAUAUCAAUGAGUCAGAUGAACAUUGGUAUUGUCACAAAGAUGUAGUCAUGGUAGUUGCAUUGUCAGACAAAUUUUUUUUUCUUGGAGAGAGUUUGUAAAAUACAAACAGCUAGAACACUUAUGAAGAAAUUUUGAAGUUCAGAAAGAAACUAAACCCUUGCUGCUCUGUGAUAUAUAAUAAAAUGUUUUAAUGUUAAGAAACAAGAUAUUCUUUUCUGUUUGCAAUAUGGUAGAGAGGAUAUUUAUUAAAGAGCUAAUAUGUUGACAUUGAGACUAUGACAAGAUUUUAUUGAUAUAUAGAUCAUGUGAUACUGCGGAGAGCCCGAGAUCUGGGGAUUCCCCGCAGUACAUGACCUUUGAUCCCGUGUCUGUGACCUGGGCUUGACUGCUAUAUAUAUAUAUUAUAUAUUUGUUAUGAAGCUGAGAUGUUCUCUAUCAAUUUUAAAUUUGUUGUUUGUAUGGAAUGUGGAAGCAUUUUUAAAAACUUUUUGCAUGUACAAUAUGUAUGUUCAGUGAUUGUUCUCUGUUUUUGAUGGCAAUAUGAUGACAUUGAAUGCAUUCCCAAAGCACUGAUUGAGUCAGUGGCCUUAAUUUUGUAGGAUAGAGAGAUUGAAUCAACAGAUUUAAUUAUUAUUUUUCAUAAAAUUCUGGGUCAAUGCCUACAUCAAAUUCAUUCCAUUAGAUGCAAUUAAAUGAUUAUAUAGCUAGGUGAAAUGUCAGGAAUGACAUCAAAAUUUGUCUACCCUGUUAUUAAUUGGAUGAUUCUAAAAUUAUAUGCAUUCCAGGCUCUGAACAUUAUGUAAAUUAUGGUCACAAAUAGAAAAUCAAGCAGAAAAAGCAUUAAUUAUUUUUUAAAUUUAUGAACAGUUAAAAUUUCGCUUUCAUUUUGGAGGUAUGUAAUACCAUUCAGUAUUGCCAUGAUGUUUUAAUUAAGUGUAAAAAAAACCUUCACUAGUUGCACUAUAAAUUUUAUGAAUUAAGUAUGUACUUUAUUGUAUGUUAAAAUCUUCAUGCCAUAUCAUUUUUUUUUUUGUCAAUUUCAGAUUAUUUAUUUAUUUAAAUUUGUAAUGUGAAGUGAUAAGUGCUUAAUUUCUUUUAUGUUCUGAUAACUUGGGAAGUACAUAAAAUUAUGUAUUCUAUACAUGGAAUGUCUCGUGAAGAAUAUGAAAAAAAAUCUCUCAGGUCAUGUUUAAUUUUUUUCUCAAUAUCCAUGUACCUGAAUCUCUAGUUAGUGGAAAGAUCUGUUCCACCAAGGUUGUACCAUGUUUUAUAUGUUGCCCUGUCUGCUUCAGUGUUGGCAGGCCAGCCCGCUCUGUGACUGGUUGUGUCUGUGGAUAGCUUACUGUUACCACAUGUGUAUGUCAUCACUUAUCAUUAGGCCAAAUUAUAAAUAUAAGAAUAUUUAUUGUUUAUUAUUAAAAUGACACAAAUGAUGAAA